UCCGUGCAUGGUUCUUUUUAUUUAUGGGGAGUGAAUUCCUGGAGGGAUUGCUCGGCCUGCCUGCUGUCACCUGGCUGACACCGAGGCCCGCCCCCUUCUCUCAGCAGCCUGGGGCCCAGGCCCGGGCUGCCAUGGCGCUGCCUCCAGGCCCAGCUACCCUCCCGCACACACUGCUGCUCCUGCCAGCCCUCCUGAGCUCAGGUUGCGGGGAGUUGGCACCACAAAUUGAUGGUCAGACUUGGGCAGAGCGGGCACUUCGGGAGAAUGAGCGCCACACUUUCACCUGCCGGGUGGCAGGGGGGCCUGGUACCCCCCAUUUGGCCUGGUACCUGGAUGGACAACUGCAGGAGGCCAGUACCUCAAGACUGCUGACCGAGGGCGGGGAGACCUUCUCUGGAGGCACCAGCACCUUUACUGUCACUGCUCAGCGGGCCCAGCAUGAACUCAACUGCUCCCUGCAGGACCCAGGCAGUGGCCGAUCAGCCAAUGCCUCCGUCAUCCUCAAUGUGCAAUUUAAACCCGAGAUUGCCCAGGUUGGGGCCAAGUACCAGGAAACUGAGGGCCCAGGCCUCCUGGUUGUCCUGUUUGCCCUGGUGCGUGCCAACCCACCUGCCAAUGUCACCUGGAUCGAUCAGGAUGGGCCACCUCUGGUCAACACCUCUGUCAACACCUCUCACUUCCUGGUGCUGGAUGCCCAGAACUACCCCUGGCUCACCAACCACACCGUACAGCUGCAGCUCCACAGCCUGGCACAGAACCUCUCAGUCUUGGCCACCAAUGAUGUGGGUGUCACCAGUGCCUCACUUCCAACCUCAGGGUUGGGGUCACUGCCCGCUUGGAACCUAACCAGGGGACAACCUGCAGGGCUCCUGGCCACUCGGGUGGAAGUGCCACUGCUGGGCAUUGUUGUGGCUGGAGGGCUUGCCCUAGGAACCCUCGUAGGGUUCAGCACCUUGGUGGCCUGCCUGGUCUGCAGGAAAGAAAAGAAGACCAAAGGCCCCUCCCGGCGCCCAUCUCUGAUCUCGAGUGAUUCCAACAACCUGAAAUUGAACAACGUGCGCCUGCCACGGGAAAACAUGUCCCUCCCGUCCAACCUUCAGCUCAACGACCUUACUCCAGAUUCCAGAGCAGGGAGAACAGCAGACCGGCAGAUGGCUCGGAACGACAGCCAGCCAGAGCUUCUGGACCCAGAGCCCGGCGGCCUCCUCACCAGCCGAGGCUUCAUCCGCCUCCCGAUGCUAGGCUACAUCUAUCGAGUGUCCAGUGUGAGCAGUGACGAGAUCUGGCUGUGAGCUGACGGUGAGACAGGGGUGACCUCUUGGCUCCUGGGCACCCCUGGGUGCCAUCCCACACCUCCUCCAAGGCAUCACUGCCACUUUUUCUUGCCCUCCUGGCUGGGGAGCCCUCUGUGUCAUACACAUGAUGCAUUUCACUGUGGCACAGGUGUCCUUGGCAAGGCUGCCAGCUGGACCUAAGUCCCUCAUGCUAAUUCAGGUUGGGGGCCUGCAUGUGAUGACUGGGCCAGGCAGAUGGAGCUCUUUGACCAGAUGUGUUCAGAUGUCAUCCAGCAUCCCAGUGUGGCGUGGCCACACCAGUACUCCUCAGCACCUGUACAGUAGGCAUGGGGGCAUGCCUGCUCGGGGAACAGGGAGGGCCCUGCACGCUUUGGAUUUCCUUCCUAUGCUAUGCAGCUUUGUUCCCUCAGGGAAAAUUUAGAACCCUGCUAGCUGUAUAGAACUAAACUGCCCUUUGCACAGGAACCAACCCCCAGCCUGGGGCACUGGCCAAGCACAAACUGUCCCUUUUGCUGUGUACCUCUCUGCCCUUCUCUGUUCUCUCUGCCUCUGCCUCCUCUUGGACAUCAUAGAUUAUACAUUGGACCUUCUCCACUUCUACACUGGGCACUAGACUUCUCUACUGGCCUGGCCCUGGCAGUGCAGUGCCUGGCUUUAGCACAGGUCAAGGUGGAAGAGUGAGGUGAUGAGUUUGGUGACUCCCAGGACAGCAUGUAGCUCUGCAUCAUUUUCUUACAGUCUUAGCACUUUAAGCACAUCCCCUGGGGGAGGGGGUGAGUGAGGGGCCCAGAGCCCUCUUCAUGGCUUCCCCAAGUUUGGCCUUCCUAUGAUUCACUGUGAGUGUCCUGAGCCCUCAGGAUUGACGGUUUCCCUCUCAGCAUGUCUCCUCUACCAUGGGACCCCAGCCCUGACCAGCCCCUGGCUGUCCUGUCAGCAGGAAGCCGUUCCUCCUGCCCCACUCUCAGUUCUUGAAGGAAUGGUGACAGCGGGCACAUUAUUUGACAGUGCCAGGAGUCUUAGGGGAACAUGGAGAAAGAAGGAGAGCACAUACCCCCAAACGAUCUAAGAACACUUUAAAAAGCAACAUGGAAAUGAAUGCAAAUUAAUAUAGUACAGAGUAUAUUUUUCCCUUGUUGAUAUCUUGUUUUGUAAUUCUUCUCAUGUUACUGCCUAGGACAGUGCUGAGCACACAGUAAAUUCAGUAAACUUGACUGAAGGAA